CGGGGAGGACCGCCCGCCGCCCACAUCCCCGCCGCCGCCGCUAACUUUGCUUCUCCGCAAAGAGCCGCCCGCCGGCAGACAGAGGGUCGGCGGAGCCGGGGUCCGAGCCGGCCCCAGCGAUGAAGGGCCGGCGACGGUGGCGAGGCGAACAUCGCCGCUUCGCCGCGGUGCUGGUGCUGUACACGCUGCUGCUGCUGUUGCUGGUGCCCUACGCGCUGGACUACGGGGCUAGGCGCGGGCGAACGGACGAGGAGCCGCUCCUGCGGCGCUGCCCAAGUCUGGAGGAGGCGCUGAGUGAGUGGGGCUGGGAGCAGCGGCCGCCGCUGGACGAGGAAGAGGAGGAGGAUGAGGCGGGCACGGCCGGGGCGGCGGGUAACGGCAGCGCGGGGACGGCGGGGAAGCGGCACAUCUACCUGCACGCUACCUGGCGAACGGGCUCCUCUUUCCUCGGGGAGCUCUUCAACCAGCACCCCGACGUCUUCUACCUGUACGAGCCCAUGUGGCACCUUUGGCAGGCGCUCUACCCGGGGGACGCUUUGAGCCUGCAGGGAGCCCUCCGCGACAUGCUGCGCGCCCUCUUCCGCUGCGACUUCUCCGUCCUGCGCCUCUACACCGCCCCGUCCGGCCCCCGCGACCCGCUGGCCCCCGCCCCGCCCGCCGCCGACAACCUCACCACGACCAGCAUCUUCGGCUGGCGGACCAACAAGGUGAUCUGCUCGCCGCCGCUCUGCCCCGCCGCCCCGCGGCCCCGCGGGGAGAUCGGCCUCGUCGACGGCGCCACCUGCGAGGAGACGUGUCCGCCGCGGGCGCUGCGGGAGCUGGAGGCCGAGUGCCGCAAGUACCCGGUGGUGGUCAUCAAGGACGUGCGGCUGCUGGAGCUGGGCGCGCUGCUGCCGCUGCUGCGGGAGCCCGGCCUCAACCUGCGGGUGGUGCAGCUCUUCCGCGACCCCCGCGCCGUCCACAACUCCCGCCUGAAGGCGCGGCAGGCGCUGCUGCGGGAGAGCGUCCAGGUGCUGCGCAGCCGCCACCGCACCGAGCCGCGGGGCCCGGCCCGCCACCAGCAGCAGCAUCUCCUGCUGCCGGCCGGGCUGCUGGGCGGCGGGCGGCCGCCGCAGCCGCAGCACCGCGCCGAGUUCUUCCUCGGCGGCGCGCUGGAGGUGAUCUGCCAGUCUUGGCUCCGCGAUCUCCUCCUGGCCCGGCGCGCCCCGGACUGGCUCCGCCGCCGCUACACGCAGCUCCGCUACGAGGACCUGGUGCGGGAGCCCCGCGCCGAGCUGCGCCGCCUGCUGCGCUUCGCCGGGCUGACGGUGCCGCCAGCCCUGGAGGACUUCGUGCUCAACAUGACCCGCGGCGCCGCCUACUCCUCCGACCGGCCCUUCCUCAUCUCCGCCCGGGACGCGCGGGAGGCCGUGCACGCCUGGCGGGAGCGCCUCAGCCGCCAGCAAGUGCGGCAGGUGGAGGCGGCGUGCGGAGAGGCCAUGAGCAUCCUCGCCUACCCCCUCAGCGCCGGCGAUACCCGGUAGCGCCCGAGCCCCACGUCCCGGACGGGCGCCGUCGGGCAGAGCUGAGCGCGGGGGUCACCGCUGCCAUGGUAGGCGCCCACUUGGUGGGCCGGGCGCUCCCUCGGGGGCAACCCCGGCUGAGGGACACUCGCCUCGCCUCGGGUACAGGCAGGGCUGCAGAGCCCAGGCACCCCCUGCCGCUGUGGCUUCAUUGUGGUUUGUGUGUGUUCCUUCUGGGCUGCGUGGAGAGGGCAGGGGGAUGUUUUAUUUACGAGAAGGGUUUAGUGAGAGGCGUCCUCCGAGUACGGCAUCACUUUUGGAGCCUUUUAGCAUGAAACCGUGACCCUGUAUAAAGCACGGGUAUGCUACAAACAAACUGCAUGAAAAUUUAAAAAUCCCCCAGGUGAAGACUCUCAGCAAGGAACUAGAGGGCCUAGAAGGUGCUUCUGUGAGAGCAUUGCCCUUCUGGAGCUCUGAAUCACACUGACCUCUGUCCUACUGCUACUGUAAAACCAAGAGGCUUCUGUGAAGUCGCUGCAGAGGUCAGCAGAGCCCUGGACAGCCAGGAGGGUGCCUGCUGCUGCAGGGACUCAGCUCUCCUGCUCCAAACCUGCUCUGCAGGGAUGGUCUCUGCCCCUGUUCAUUGCUGGUGCUGCAGGGAGGGGGCUGAGGGAAGAGGAACUGUGUCCAGCUCUGUCCAUCCUUCUGAGCAGCAGGGUAUGCGGUCAUGCAGAGAGGGAAAGCAUUCGCCUGCUUAUGUGUUUCAAAGAUAUUUGUGGCAGAAAUCUUUGCUUUUCAUAAGAAAUCUGUAAUUGUUUUGAAAGUAGGAUUUUUUUUUUUAUAUACAUAUAUUGAUAUAGUUUGGUGAUACUCAUGUGAGAUACUGGUGACUAACAUGUUUCUUUGGAACACGUGUAGGGGUGAAUGAAACUGGAAGGCAAAUGCUCGACAUUUCCGUUUUGUUUUCUCCAUCAGAUGAGAGAAUCACUUUUCUUCUCUCUCUUCCGGGCUGACACAUUGUGUCGUGCUUAGCGUCCUCCUGAUCACAUCCCUGCCAAACAAUAACAUCCUCUCAGCUGGUAACUCCUGGACAAAAACAAAUGUUUCCUAAGAGGCUAAGACAAAUUAAUCAUGAAGUUCACAAAUAAAAUCUUACAUUGAAAAAACAAACAAAUGAAACAAACAAAAAAAACCCUGGAGUUUUAUUUUGGAUUUUAAAAUUAUGUGUUCCUGCAGAUAUCCUGCAACUUGUGCCAGAAGGUGUGUGUGUAUCUGCAAGUAUCUUUGUUUCCUAAUUUCUUGAUGUGGGGAUAGAAGGUUCAGUUGUAGUUUAGGGAUGCAGUUCCUUCAUUUCAUAGAGACUGCUUUUGAAUCUAUUACAGUCUGGUAGUCUUUAAAUGGCCCCACAAGACUGUAAAAGAUUUUAGGGAUGCUUAUAUGCGGUCCUCAUACAAACCCAGAAUAUGGGUUUCAAAUUGAGAAUAAUCCAGGAUCAGAAAGAAAGCGGUAUUUAUAUAAAAUGCUGAAAAUAAAGGCAGUUCAAAGAUGUUAUGUUAUCAUGGAGGAGGUGUUUGAAUUGCACUGUACAUUUUUUGUGCUCUUGAGUGUUAUGCUGUACAGCAUGUCACUGUUAGGAUGAACCUUCAUUUAUUUUAGCUCUUUUUUCCCUUGAUCUUCCCAUCUGAGAGUAUGUUGGCACAAGAAGCAGGUUUCUUUCAUUAUCUGACAGGAAAAUGUAGUCAUAAAAAUGUUUUUAAACAAAUUUAUCCAUUUUCCUGUAGCGUACUUCCUACAGUUUUGCAACCUUGGGCUUCUGCUUGAAGUAAGAAUUAAAGGGUUUCAUUUUGUGCUGGGAAACCUUGUGUAUUAUCUAAGGGAUGUUUCUGCAUUCUCUCACAGUGCCUGUGACACCAGAAUUUGUCUCUGGGUGUUUCAGUGGCAUUUAAUAUUGAUAUUUGUAUAGAUAGACAAUACCUGUACAAUGCCUUGAUAACCUGUGUCAGGUAACCUAUUUUGGAAGGCUUUUCUGGGACUACACCCAGCCUGGCUUGCACUGACAGGUUUGGAAAGAAAUUAAGAUUUUUGUGCAUGCCAAAAGAUUAUACGGUACUUAUUUUCUUAAAUUGAAUGGGAGAUUAAAAUCCAGUAUAUCCUGUCGAUUUGUUCUUAGCAAGUUGCAGUCACAGAAUUGUGUGAUGCAACAGUUAAGCAUUCUCCUCACCCUGACAGGGAAUCUCAUCGUGCCAUUUCAGGUGGUAAAUAUCUUUCAUAAGUCUUUCAAAAUUCACACUUAAUUGCACUUAAAAUGGUUCAUCAUGAUGAGCCAAGAAGUGCUAACAUGUAGCUUUACUAGAUUCUUAUAGCUAUGAGGAAAUCCUCUUAUUGGAAAUUAUUUGGUAUUUUCUGAAACUGUUUCCAUGUUUGAGCUGCAGAGGUGGAGAAGGGUGAGAAGCAUCUGAGGUCACUUGGUGUGUUCAGCCUGGAGGAGACUGAGAGGAGAGCUCAUUGCAGUCCACAGCUUCCUCAUGAGGGGGAGUGGAAGGGCAGGCACUGAUCUCUUCUCUCUGGUGACCAGUGACAGGACCCAGGAAACGGCCUGAAGCUGUGUCAGGGGAGGUUUAGGUUGGAUAUCAGGAAAAUGUUCUUCACCCAGAGUGUGGCUGGGCACUGGGACAGCUCCCCAGGGAAGUGGUCACAGCACCAGCCUGACAGAGCUCAAGAAGUUUUUGGACAAUGCUCCAGGCACAUGAUGUGACUGUUGGGGCUGUGCAGGGCCUGGAGUUGGACUUUGCUGAUCCUUGUGGGUGUCUUCCAACUCAGGAUAUUCUAUGAUAGGUGCAUUUUCUGUGUCAGGAAUUAUUUCUGUCAGCAAGUUUUUCACUAGCCCGGUUGCUCUCCGUGAGUGAUUUUUUUUUUUUUUUUUUUUUUUUUAAUUUUGGUAUAAUGUGAAAAGGCCUCCAUUGGGAAAAGUGUACAAAGUAUAGCAAGUGCAAUUUUUGGUUUGUAUUCAGUGCACCUGAAUUCAUUAGAAAACUCAUCUAAAAAACCCAUAGGGAAUAUCCAAAGCUGAGAAAGGAGCAAGUAGGCCAGAGUGACAUCUUAGAACAGUAUGUGGAUGACAAUUGCUUAAUGACUGGUGGUGUGACAUGUGCGCUUCAGUCACAUGUUCGAAGGUUUUCUGAAAUUCUCCUGCCCAAGGAGGACAACUAAGGCUCACCAACAAAUGCAUCCCAUUUUUCUCUUCAGGGUGCUUUGUUGGCAUUGGACAGCAUCAUUCAGCAUUACAGCAUGUACUUGGUCUUGAAACUCAGGCCGUGAAGAAAAAGCAAAUGUCAGUGUUGGUAUUUACCUGAAAAGACAGAAACAGGACUGAUUAUGACAUCUAGCAUGGAGUUUUAGUGGCAGAGAUCUUUGGUACCAACCAGAACUUGCUGAAAGCAGGACAUCCGUAGUUAGACUGCAUUUUGAGAGCAGUUGGGCAUUUAUGGCUUGGGCAGUAAUUCACUUGAGGUGAAGUCACAGUUCUACUGAAUGAUGUAGAAAAUUGAACCGUAACUGCUCAUUUAGAGCAGAGCAUGGCAUGAUAAGCAAGAGAACAGUAAACACAUUUUUAUAGCCAACUUGAACUUGGAAAGCUUAGAAUUGGAGUGCAGGACUCAGCCAUAAAGUUUUAGUAUUUCAGACUGAGAUUGAUGAAAAUUACCUACUUGUGCUACAUUGUGCUAGAAUGAAUUAAGAACUUUAAUUUAUUUAAAAAUCAUAGUGGGAAAUGGGUACAAAACUGACAAAUGCUCACAAGACAUUUCUGUCGUCUGUGUUUACUUUACUUCUGGUUGUCACUGAGUUAAGAGAGCUGGAAACUUCAGUACUGUAAUUAUUCAUAAAAGGCUGGGAUAUUUCCAUGUUAACUGCUCUUUUACAACAUCAUACCUGUAUUUAAAUUGUUUCUUUUGGGGAGGCAAACUAAUGACAUUCUUGUGGGCAAUGAUGGGAGUCCAGGGCCAAGAAAUACUUGGGCCCUGCCUUAUUUCUACUCCUCAGGAUAUUACUGAUGGAGUCCUUGUAGAUAUCCACAGUAUGUACUUACAUACUGCAGGUACAAUAGAAAUAGUUUGGCAUCAGUUGCAGUACCUAAUAGAAGUGUUAGAAUGGUUCUGAAGUUACUUAUUUAACAACUUCAGUAUUGCAUGAGUCAUAUUAUCCCCCUCCUCCCCAUCAGUCUGGGCAUCAAGAAAAGUCCUGAGUUUCUGCAUUAAGUUCUCAGUAUCACCACUUUCAGUGAAGCUCAAUGAUAAAAAUACUGCAGAGUUUCUGGGUUUGUUAUGGUAACGCAAUUAAACAACUGAAACCCUGAGAGCCAACAAGCCUGACAGCAUGUUCUGUUCCUUUCUUGGACACAGAGAGCUGUCACUGAGACUCUCUGAUGGUGCAUGUCAUUUCUCAGUCACCAUGCAAUCCAUGCAGCACUGGGGUUACCUGAGAUGUUGUUUUGUCUUUCCCAUUUAACUUGAUGUGACACCUACUGCUAUGGAGAAUGACAGGGGAGAAAUACGAUUUGUCAAACCUUGCACUAGCAGUUUUCAACACCCUGCUGGUUCUGUGUGUGUGUGUAUGAGGGGCCAGGUCCAGACUGUCCUUCUCUUGGCUGUGUUUGAAAGACAUGAAUGCUGGAUGCAAACACAUUGAGGUGGUGGGUUUCAGUGAUUAAGGGGCCUGUUGUUUGUUGCUGAGAUGUAUAUCUGGCAGUCUCAGCUCUGAACAACAGGCUGGAAGCUGAUUAAUGUUUUAGGAUCCACAGUCUGGAUACUGAAUACUGUGAAAUUUUUGCUUCCAGCACUGAGAUGUUAAGCUCUGCUGUUAACCUGGGGCACCUGCAGUGCCAUUUCUGGUUGUUGUUAAGUGGGAAUCCAGUCCUUCCCUGGAGCUUCCAAAUUUGUUGCCGUGUUUCUAAAGGUCCAACUUUGACAAACUUCAACUGUAUAUAGACUGAAGCUUUUUGUGAUGGGCAUAAGGUUUAAGUCUCUUGGAAUUUCAGUCAAAACAGUUGCAUAUUUUUUUUAACUUAGGAUGUGGUGGUCUUUAGCCUGUGUUCAAAUAUUCUCAAAGAUUUUUGCUUGGAAAUCAUUUGCCGGUUCAGUGUUUCGGGACAGGAACUCCAGUUUGGGUAGGGGGAAAUUACCUCUUUGUAGAGGAUGUCCCCUAUGUUUUUAUUUUUACCUCUGCUUUCUAUUCUGAUUUGGCCAAAUAUAUUAAUGUUUGUAUAAAAUGGAUAGCACGUGCUCAGUAAAAGUGGUUUUGGUAUGUGUGUGUAUCUUUAUUUUAUACCAAAUAAAAACUGCAUUGGUCUUAUCUCCA